UGACCGAUAGGUGGCGGUGAAGACUAAGCUUUUAAAAAAAAAAAAAAAAAAAACCCCUAAGCUUUAUGUAAAAAAAAAAGGUGAUGAAGGGAAAAGGAAGGAAGCGGCGGCGGCGGCUCAUGAGCGGACGACCGGACGUGAACUUUAGCGGCGCAGUUAGCUCACAACUUUGCGACUCAACUCCUGCGGCGCGAGCUCCCGGUUGAGUCCCGGUCCGGUCGGAGGAAACCAGGAAGCGGAGAACGGCCCCGCGUGCAGCCGUUCCGGGCAAGAAAAAUGUCGACCCUGGAAAUUCCCGCGUGAAGAAGCGCCCCGAAAGCAGCCAUGUUUCACGGGGGUCUGUGAUGUCCGAGCCCUGCGACGGACCAGGAGAAGGUUACGAAGAGGGGCGGGACGACAGAGACGUUCCUUGGUUCGUGGUUGGCUGUGGGGAUGACGAGCAGGACAUGGGUCAAAUGGAGGCAGGCAUGAAGAACGAGAAGUUUCGAGAAGAGGACAUGGAGGACUACGAAGAUGAGUCGCCACCGGACCGACAGAUCGUGGUCGGCAUAUGCGCCAUGAUGAAGAAGUCCAACUCCAAACCCAUGACCGAGAUCCUGGAGCGACUCUGCAAGUUCGACUACAUCAACGUGGUGAUCUUCCCCGAGGAGGUGAUCCUGGAGGAGCCCGUGGAGAAAUGGCCGCUCUGCGACUGCCUCAUCUCCUUCCACUCCAAAGGUUUCCCUCUGGACAAAGCUGUGGAGUACGCCAAGCUCAGGAAUCCACUGCUCCUCAACGACCUCAACAUGCAGUAUUUCAUACAGGACAGGAGGGAGGUGUACCGGAUCCUCCAGGAGGAGGGCAUCGAACUGCCUCGUUAUGCCGUGUUAAACCGAGACCCCGACAAUCCUGAAGAGUGUAACCUGGUGGAGGCGGAGGACCACGUCGAGGUGAACGGGGAGGUGUUCCCCAAACCCUUCGUGGAGAAACCCGUGUGCGCGGAGGACCACAACGUCUACAUCUACUACCCGACGUCUGCCGGGGGCGGCAGCCAGAGGCUCUUCCGAAAGAUAGGGAGUCGUAGCAGUGUGUACUCCCCGGAAAGCAACGUACGUAAAACUGGCUCCUACAUCUACGAGGAGUUUAUGCCCACGGAUGGGACCGACGUGAAGGUGUACACGGUGGGUCCAGACUACGCCCACGCGGAGGCCCGUAAAUCUCCCGCCCUGGACGGGAAGGUGGAGCGGGACAUCGAGGGGAAGGAGAUCCGUUACCCCGUCAUGCUGACCGCCAUGGAGAAGCUGGUGGCCCGCAAGGUCUGCCUGGCCUUCAAGCAAACCGUGUGCGGGUUCGAUCUCCUCCGAGCCAACGGCCACUCCUUCGUGUGCGACGUCAACGGCUUCAGCUUCGUCAAAAACUCCAUGAAGUACUACGACGACUGCGCCAAGGUCCUGGGGAACAUGGUGAUGAGGGAGUUAGCCCCCCAGUUCCACAUCCCCUGGUCUAUCCCCAUGGAAGCUGAGGACAUCCCCAUCGUCCCAACAACCUCAGGAACCAUGAUGGAGCUGCGUUGCGUCAUCGCCAUCAUCCGCCACGGGGAUCGCACACCGAAGCAAAAAAUGAAAAUGGAGGUCCGACAUCCUUUAUUCUUUGAGUUGUUUGAGAAGUACGGAGGCUACAAGUCAGGGAAACUGAAGCUGAAGAAGCCGAAACAGCUUCAAGAAGUGCUCGACAUCGCCCGCCUGCUGCUGGCGGAGCUGGGCCAGCACAACGACUGCGAGAUCGAGGAGAAGAAAUCUAAACUGGAGCAACUCAAGACCGUCCUGGAGAUGUACGGACAUUUCUCAGGUAUCAACAGGAAGGUCCAGCUGACCUACCUGCGUAACGGCCAACCGAAAGCCUCAAGCGAAGAAGAAGACUGUAAGAAGGACGGUCCGUCUCUGCUGCUGGUGUUGAAGUGGGGCGGCGAGCUGACGCCCGCCGGCCGGGUUCAGGCCGAGGAGCUGGGCCGGGCCUUUCGCUGCAUGUACCCUGGAGGUCAAGGCGACUACGCCGGGUUUCCAGGCUGCGGCCUCCUGCGCCUGCACAGCACGUACCGCCACGACCUGAAGAUCUACGCCUCGGACGAAGGCCGGGUGCAGAUGACCGCGGCCGCGUUCGCCAAGGGUCUCCUGGCUCUGGAAGGGGAGUUGACUCCCAUCCUGGUUCAGAUGGUGAAGAGCGCCAACAUGAACGGGCUGCUGGACAGCGACAGCGACUCUCUGACGGACUGCCAGCAGAAAGUGAAGGCCCGGCUGCACGAAAUCAUGCAGAAGUGCCAAGACUUCACGGAGGAGGACUAUCGGAAGUUGGCACCGAGCGGCAGCCCGUCGCUGGUGAACUCCAUGAAGGUCAUACAGGAUCCGGUCAAAACCUGCGACAAGGUGUACGCCCUCAUCCAGAGUCUCAAUUCGCAGAUUCGCAAGAGGCUGGAGGACCCCAAGUCUGCAGACCUGCAGCUGUAUCACAGCGAGACGUUGGAGCUGAUGCUGCAGCGCUGGUCCAAGCUGGAGAGAGACUUUCGCAUGAAGAACGGCCGCUACGACAUCAGCAAGAUCCCGGACAUCUACGACUGCGUCAAAUACGACUCGCAGCACAACGCCUCGCUGGGCUUGGAGGACACGCUGGAGCUGUUCCGGCUGUCGCGCGCGCUGGCCGACAUCGUCAUACCGCAGGAGUACGGCAUCAGCAAAGCGGAGAAGCUGGACAUCGCUCAGGCUUACUGCGUUCCCCUGAUGAAGAAAAUCCAGCUGGACCUGCAGAGGACCCACGAGGACGAGGCCGUCAACAAGCUGCACCCGCUGUACUCUCGCGGCGUGAUGUCUCCCGGGCGCCACGUCCGCACGCGCCUCUACUUCACCAGCGAGAGCCACGUCCACUCCCUGCUCAGCGUCUUCCGCUACGGAGGGCUGCUGGAUGAUGAGAAGGACCAGCAGUGGAAACAGGCCAUGGACUACCUGAGCGCCGUGACGGAGCUCAACUACAUGACGCAGAUCGUCAUCAUGCUGUACGAAGACAACAACAAGGACCCGUCCUCGGAGGAGCGUUUCCACGUCGAGCUUCACUUCAGUCCGGGAGUCAAAGGGUGCGAAGACGAGGAGAACGUGCCUCUCGGCUUCGGCUUCCGCCCGGCGUCCUCAGAGAAUCAAGACAAAAAGCCCAAUCAGGGCAGUCUGGAGGACCUCUCCCAGGACCAGCUGGACCAGGCGCUUCCUCUCUCGGAGCCAAUCAACAUCCAGCGACGGUCCCCCAUGAUCCGCAACCGGAAGACGGGCUCCAUGGAGGUCCUCUCUGAGACUCCUCCCACCCAGUCCUCCAAAGCCAGCACGACCCACCGACUCUUCCCCUCGGGGUCGCGCCAGUCUCCCGAGAUCAAACCGGCCAGCGGCCUAGGGUCGCUCUGCUCUGGCCUCUUCAGUGCCUCCGCCCUCGGGGUGUCCUGUAGCGCCCCCAACCUGCGGGACUACGUCCGCACGCACCACCACCUCCACCGAAAGCCGCCCCUGUCCCCCGGCAGUCUGCCGUGCCAGAUUGGCAUGUUUGAGCUGUUCACUAUGCCGCCAGUAAAGAGAUUUUCUGUGUCGUUUGCCAGGCAUCCGACUAAUGAGCCCUCAGACGAGCUCCACGUAGUCCGGCUGCCGGGGGCGGGGCUUCUUCCCGCCGAGCCGGCCCUGCUGGGGUUUGCCCCUCUGGCCGUGGACGGCGUCGUAGCCCACCACCUCAUCCACUGCCCCUACCACCUGCGCCUCCUCAAGAGCUGGCUGAAGUCUGGUCAGGAACUCCCAGAAUCCCUCCACGGGUUUGAAGGCUGCUCUAUGGUGCCCUCUAUCUACCCGCUGGAGACGCUGCACAACUCGCUCUCCCUGAAGCAGGUGGACGAGUUCCUCAGCAAGGUGUGCGAGAGCAGCAGCGAGGCGCACGCCAAGACCAUGAGAGCGCUCUCCAGCCUGUUUGACUCUCAGAGCCAGACGUCGCUCUACAGCCCUCAGCAGCCGCUGUCGUCCUCCGGCUCCGAAACGUCUCUCCGGCCGCCCGGCCAGCCUCUGUGGCAUGGCAGCAUCCCCUCCAGCGCCGUGUCCAGUGCGGGUCCCUCCUCCCCGACCACAGAGAGCUCCGGCCUGAACUUCAGCUUCAGUGAGUAGAACGUCUGUCUGGAGGCGAAUAAACACAAAGACUUCUGGGUAUUUUUAGAAGAGAUCCUCGGUCCUCGGCGUGUCACCUUUUCCUCUGUCUUCCUGCUCACACACACACACACACACACACACACACACACACACACUGUAUUACGAAACACUUCUGCUGUAUUAGCAUCGCCACUCGGACACGUGCACGGACUCUUCAGCUGCACGUGAAGGAGAGUGAAGACGAACUGGAACCUUCAGCGCUCUAAAGUCUCAUCGCCUCGAUCGUCCGCUUCAGUUUGUCGACACCUUCAUGAAACCAGCUGACAUUCAAGACCAGUUGUGCCUUUUAGUUCAAUUUGGAUGCGGCCUACGAUACAACAACAAUUUAAUAUAUAUAUAUAUAUAUAUAUAUAUAUAUAUAUAUAUAUAUAUAUUAAAAUAUUUUUAUUUUCUUCCCUGUUGAGCUGCAGUGUUGUUGCUAGCCAAUCACAGCCCAGGCUGAAACUAAACAAGUUGUUUUUUGUUGUUCAAGUUUAGAUGUAUUAUUAUUAUCAUUAAUUUGACUUUUAAAUGUCGGCACACUGUCGGCUGAAAGUCCUUUUGGACCUUUUGGCAACAUUUGUUGCUGAGUUUCGAUGAGAAAAUCAAUGUCUGUCAGUUAAAUAUGAAGUCACCGCCAGCGGUAGGUUAGCUUAGCACGAAGGUUAGCUUAGCACAAAGACUGGAAACAUGUAGCCUGUGAAAAGGAAAAAAACGGAGCCUCCUAAUUAUUACGUUUUUAUUUUGUCUUUUUAAUUCAUGAAACAACAAAAAAAGAAAUUUUAAGAACAAUUUUGAGAUUUUUAUUUGGGGUUUUCUUCUCAAAUAUUGGUUUUUCAUGUGGAAUAAACAAACCAGACGUACGUAUUUAAUUAUCGAGCUUUCAUGGUGCCGGUUUGUUUCCACUGGACUGAGCCAGGCUGGCUUUCCUUCUCCGUUUCCAGUUGUUGUGCUAAGCUAACCGUCUCCCAGAUGUAUCUUCAUGCUUAUCAAAUCAAGUGUUUACUUAUUUUUAAUCGUGUACAAAUCGAGCCGGAUUCAAAAAAUUCAAUUAUUAUUUUCAAGAAUCGUCUGCUGUUAGAAUGGAAACUCAAUUAAUCUGUAAACAUGCCUUUUAAAAGGAAUAUUUGAUUGAGUAUUGUU